UCGAGAAAAAGUGUUUGCUAUACUCGAGGCGUUUAACCUUCAAUAUUUUCUCAGUGUCUAAAUCGUGAAAAUUCACAGUGAAUACUUGUAAUCAAGGAAGCGAUGGAGGGCGAUGGAGAAGCAAGCGAGAACGUAGUUAGGGUGAAAGAGGAACUGAGCGAUACUUGGACGAGCGCAGAUGAAGGUUAUGUUUUCAAUUCGAUGGGGUCUUGCAAAGCCGAAAAAGUUGAAAUAUUCCCAUUGCAUGAAUUAUCGGCUAAACACGUGAAUGAGGCUGUGGCAAGGUCAGAUAAAAAUACAUUCAUAGAUUCGGAGUACAGAGAUGUUAAAUCUGAAUCUACGUCUGUAUCGACAACCAUCAGCAAAUCUGAGUAUCAGAGUUGUCAAUAUAUUGUGAAAAUAGAAAACGAAAAUCAACCAGAUAACAUACAUAAAAAUAUAUCCAUAGAGUUUGAGUGUGAAAAUGUUAAAACUGAACUGGAGUCUUCGUCAACGGCCAUCUGCAAAUCUGAGUGUCAAAGUGAUCAACUUAUUGUGAAAAAAGAAAACGAAGAUCUGAUAAAUUACGCGAGCAAAAAAAGUCUAAUAAUUUUGAUUAAAAAAGGUUUUAACUAUGAUGAUAAUUGUCAAUUGAAUGAGAAAUGCCAUUUAAAAAUAGUCGAAUCAAACCCUACGAGUGUGACAUUUGUCACAAAUCAUUUGGACAAAAAGGUGCUCUCCAAAUUCAUAUAA